AUGGGUCCCCCCAUGCCGACCUCCCCUCAUGAACCCCAUUCACCAUAUGAGUCGCCCUUCCACGGGCGGAGUGAGAGUGACUUUUCUUCCACCGCGCCUCCGUAUGAGGACGCCUACAGCCACCCCGAGGCACAGCACUCUGAUGCCGCCAUGCCUUUCCUCGGCCACGGGGAGGAAGCUAAUACCGGCUUCUACCCACAACGCGGGAUGUCGACCAGUCCCAACCCCUACCAACAGCGUCAUCACGCCGCGAGCCCCGGCCCUCUGAGCGUGUCCGACUCGAUGAAUGAUGGAAUGACACGGUACUCCCUUCAAGAUACUGGCCCCGCGAUCUUCGCUGGUGGACAGGACCCCAACAUGGGCCUGCAUCGUCGCUCGGGUGUUUCGACGCCCGCAUCGGAGACCCCUUCAGAUGCCUGGCAGCAGCGCAAUGCGCCUGCAUCGGGUUUGCGCCGCUAUGCAACCCGUAAGAUUAAACUCGUGCAGGGCUCUGUGCUGAGUGUGGAUUACCCUGUGCCCAGUGCCAUCCAAAAUGCGAUUCAGCGGGAAUAUCGCGAAUCGGAAGAGGGAUUCCCGGAAGAGUUUUCGCACCUGCGUUAUACUGCUGCGACUUGUGACCCCGACGAGUUCACCUUGCGAAACGGUUACAACCUGCGCCCUGCCAUGUACAACCGACACACCGAGCUUCUGAUUGCCAUCACCUAUUACAACGAGGACAAGGUUCUGACGGCACGCACGCUGCACGGUGUCAUGCAGAAUAUUCGUGAUAUUGUCAACCUCAAAAAGUCGGAGUUCUGGAACAAGGGAGGCCCCGCGUGGCAGAAGAUUGUGUGCUCCCUGGUUUUUGAUGGUAUCGACCCUUGCGAUAAGAACACCCUCGAUAUGCUCGCCACCGUUGGCAUCUAUCAAGAUGGUAUCAUGAAACGAUCUGUUGACGGCCGCGAAACACUUGCCCAUAUCUUCGAGUACACUACUCAGCUAUCGGUCACCUCCAACCAACAGUUGAUUCGGCCACAGGGCAAUGAAUCAACUAACCUCCCGCCGGUGCAAAUGAUUUUCUGCCUGAAGCAAAAGAACAGCAAGAAGAUCAACUCCCACCGCUGGCUCUUCAAUGGUUUUUGCCGUAUACUGAACCCUGAGGUGGUUAUCCUGAUUGACGCGGGUACUAAGCCUGGCAAGAAAUCCCUCUUGGCCCUCUGGGAGUCAUUCUACAACGACAAAAACCUGGGCGGAUCUUGUGGUGAGAUCCAUGCCAUGUUGGGUAAGGGCUGGAAGAACCUGAUGAACCCGCUGGUUGCUGCUCAGAACUUCGAGUACAAGAUCUCCAAUAUUCUUGAUAAACCUCUGGAGAGUGCCUUCGGGUACGUCAGUGUGUUACCUGGUGCCUUCUCGGCCUACCGGUAUCGUGCAAUUAUGGGCCGGCCCCUUGAGCAGUACUUCCACGGUGACCACACCCUUUCGAAACAACUUGGCAAGAAGGGUAUUGAGGGCAUGAACAUUUUCAAGAAGAACAUGUUCCUUGCCGAGGAUCGUAUCCUCUGUUUCGAGCUGGUGGCCAAGGCUGGUUUCAAGUGGCAUUUGACCUAUGUCAAGGCGUCUAAGGGUGAGACUGAUGUGCCCGAAGGUUCUGCGGAAUUCAUCAGUCAACGUCGUCGCUGGUUGAACGGUUCAUUCGCUGCCAGUUUGUAUGCCAUUAUGCACUUUGGCCGUAUCUACAAGUCUGGCCAUAACAUUAUCCGUCUCUUCUUCCUUCACAUUCAAAUGAUCUAUAACUGUGCUGGUCUGGUUAUGACCUGGUUUUCUCUCGCUUCGUUCUGGCUUACAACAUCGGUCAUCAUGGAUUUGGUGGGAACACCAAGUGCGGCGAAUAAAAACAAAGGCUGGCCUUUCGGUAAUGACGCUUCGCCCAUCGUUAAUAACUUCCUGAAAUAUGGCUAUGUGUUCUUCCUGAUGCUCCAGUUUAUUCUGGCGCUGGGUAAUCGACCCAAAGGUUCCCGUCUCGCCUACACACUCUCCUUCAUCUACUUCUCGAUUGUUCAAUGCUACAUCCUCGUCUUGUCAUUCUACCUUGUGAAGAACGCCUUCACGGGAGGUACCCUGGAUUUCGAUAUGAGCAAGGGUGUCGGCGUGUUCCUCAAGUCCUUCUUCAGUUCCAGUGGUGCCGGUAUUGUUCUGAUCGCCUUGGUGUCGACCUACGGUGUGUACUUCGUGGCCAGUUUCUUGUACAUGGACCCCUGGCACAUGUUCACCUCAUCGUGGGCCUACUUCGGCGGUAUGACGUGCUCGAUCAACAUUCUCAUGGUCUACGCCUUCUGCAACUGGCACGACGUGUCGUGGGGUACCAAGGGAUCGGACAAGAGUGAGGCGCUGCCGGAGGCCAAGACGGCCAAGGACGACGGCAAGUCGAACUUCAUUGAGGAAGUGGACAAGCCACAGGCCGAUAUCGACAGCCAGUUCGAGGCGACAGUCAAGCGGGCGCUGGCGCCGUUUGUGGAGCCCGAGGAACACGAAGAAAAGGACAUGAACGACUCGUACAAGGCCUUCCGAACCAACCUGGUGCUGCUCUGGAUCUUCAGCAACCUGGUUGUCGUGCUGUGCAUUACGGCCACCGGCAUCGACCGGUUCUGCUUGACCAACACCUCCACGGUGCGGACCUCCAACUACUUCUCGGCCAUUCUGUGGACGACGGCGGGUCUGUCCCUGUUCCGUUUCAUCGGCUCGCUCUGGUUCCUGGGCAAGUCGGGCAUUCUCUGCUGCGUCUCCCGCCGCUAA